CCAAUUUUUAGAGGCUGAAAUAUUAAAGAGUUGAUUACUUAAAUUUCGUUCUAAAAUCUUUUUCAUAUCACUUGCAAAUAGAGAAAAUAUAGCGCCCCCCCCAAAAAAAACUUUAAUUUUUAAAGGCAUCUCGCACAAAUGAUUACAAUGUUUUUGUUUUAUUUAUCAUUCACUAUGAGAUCUGUAUAAAGUGAUAAACCAAUGAAUUAUUUUUAUAUGUAUAUGUUUCCAAUUAUUUGCCUACCGGUAUUUAUUAAAAAAUAAUGUUUGUGUUGUUAUUUGACAAUUGUUUCACAGAAUUACGUCGUCGGUUGACAUCUACCUAUACCCAUGGAUUAUCUCCAUCACCUUCACAACCUUGAAUUGCUAAGAGAGCUACCUUUGCCAAGACCACGUCGUGGGCUACGGGAUGCUAGAAAUCCAUCGGAAUCGUACGAGGAUGGGCCAUUUCAAGAUCGGUAUCGACUGUCAAAAGAAACCGUCAUUUACAUCAUCAACAUGCUGGAAGCCGAAUUGAAGAGGGACACACAGAGGAAUGAUCCACUUCCCGUUUAUUUGCAGGUGUUGACGGCUCUCCGUUUUCAUGCAGUGGGAUCAUUUCAAAAGAUGCAUGGUGAUGAGGCAGCAAUAUCACAGUCAUCAAUGUGUCGAAUCAUCAAAGAUGUGUCAGAAGCUAUAGCAAGAAGGAAAAGGCAAUACAUGAAGUUUCCUUCGACAAGAGAAGAAGUUGAAGCAACUCAGCGACAGUUCUUCCAGUACUGCAGAUUUCCAGGAGUGAUAGGUGCAAUUGAUGGGACACAUGUCUACAUCAGGAGCCCUGGUGGGGAUCAGGCAAUAUACUUCCUCAACAGGAAGAAUAGAUACUCGAUCAAUGUUCAGGUUGUUUGUGAUCAGGCUGAGAAAAUAACAAGCAUCGUUGCCAGAUGGCCUGGCAGCACACCUAACUCCGCAACCGUAAGUCACUUUUCAACCAAACUUGGAUGGUAGAUGUACUUAGGCGACCUGCAUAUUAUGCUGCAGUCGGAGGUCACAUGGACUUGUCAAUAUCAGACUAGAAGCUUGGCCGGAACAGUAGAGAUGCGAUGUCGAACUUCACGAUAUAGAAAUAGCCCCUUGCCCUCGUUGAUUCGGCACCUUAAAGAGAAAUUCCAGUAGUUGCAGUAAACACUGAUUUCAUGAGAAAGUCUGUAAAACAAGGCUUAAUUGUCAGUAUAUCAUCGAGGAUCUAGAUCUGGUACAGUUACAUAAACUGAACUUUGUGAAAUCUUGAAAUCUACGCUGAAAAAUGUUCAGGCUGAAGAUCCCCAACACAGAUAAGCGCACGUGGGACAGUGUAUAAUUAUUGCUUCGAAUGUCGGGCCCGACGCUCUACCCGAAUCCUGUGCUUAUUUGCUGAUUUCUCAGCAAUUACACAAUUUCUUCCAGAAUCCUUUGGCACAUAUGUUUUAUUUAUACAAACAGACACUUUGGUGGUCAUUUCAUUGGAUUCUGUACGAACUCAUUUUGAUAUCGUUACCAAAACUAGCAUUUACCUUUAACUCUAAAAGAAUUGAUUACAAGGAGUAGUUUUUUUUGUGUAUAUAUCUUCCCCUAUCGUUACAUGUAUAAUAAUAUCAAACUACGAAUGGCUGAGAAUUAAAGAACUCAUCAUUCAUUGGACUCUCAAAAUGUGAUAUCAUUAAGAGAUUGUUUUUUAUAAAAUGCAGAUUACAUACUAAUUCUAAUGUUGAGUUCUCUUUAUGUUGGCGAACUCAAGUUUCAUUUCAUUUCAUUUUACUUUGUUAAUCAAAAUAUUUUUCUUUCAUAUGAGCAAUUAUUCACUGAUAUCUAGUCGUAAACUUAAUAUCUGAAUUGAAGUCAUAAAAAUUGCCAAAAUAUGUAUUAUUGCAGCAUAUUAGAUUAUCGUUUUUUCCCAAAGUAAUGUAAUUCAGAAUUUAAUAUGUAAAUGUGUUUAUUAAUUUCUCUUUGUAUAUAUGUUUAAUCGUUUUAUGAUUUCUGUAUACAGUGAAUACUGAAUCAUUUAUUUUUAUUAUUAUUUAUUUAUGUUUAUUUGUUUAUUUUUUAUUCAUUUUAUAUAUAUUGUUUAUUUCUUAAUUUUAUCUUAUUUUUUAUUCAUAAAAUUUACUUAUAAAAGGGGGCCUUCACCCUACAAGCUCUGCUUUUUAGUUGGUCUCCUUCCCUUUCGAUUUCAUGGUAUUAUUGUAUUAUAAAAAAAUGAUUUAAAUGUUAUAUUUUGUUAUAAUGUAUAUUGAACUAUCAUUGUAAAUGUAAAAAGAUUGAAAGAGAAAAUAAUUGAAUUGAAUUGAAUUGCUUCUUCACCCUUUUCUCUCUGUUUCCCUUCCACCAUCAAUUUCUUCUCUUCUCUCUCUCUCUCUCUGCCUCUCUUCUAUAAUAAGUAAUAAUAUCCAAGUCCUUUGGAAGCGCAUAGAGACAUUAUUCAUAAUUGUGAUAUGCGCUAUACAAGAACUGUUUAUUAUUAUUAUUCUCUCUUCCACUAUUUCUAUUCCUUUCUGCUUUCCAAUUCAUUUCCUCUAUCCACUCAUAUUUACAUGUAUUUUGAAUAUUUUUCAAUUUUUUUUAUUGAUCAGUGAGUAUCAAUUUAAAUUUAUUUAUGAUAUACUUUGUUACAUAUGUCUAUAUUGAAAUUUGUUCGUAGUACUAUAAGUUUUUUUACCUUGUUAUUGAUGAUUUUGUUUGAAAUGUAAAUUUUCGCAAUUCGGCUUUUGCCGCAAAGAAAGGAUUUUUAAUAAACCAUUUUGAAUUGAAUUGAAUUUACAGGUCAACAUUAAAGUUUAUGUGCAAGGCUCUAUGACAAGUGUUAUUCCAUCCCAGUCAUUUCACAAUGAAGUUUCAAUACAAUUAUGUUGUGUGCCCUCGCAAAUCACGAUAUUUCUGGUUAUUUUCAUGAGUGGGCGAGACACAAUCACUGUUGCCAUGUUUUAUUCUAGAAAUAGUAAGCUUAGUAUGAAAAAAAUUAUUGAAAAAAGCUGGCCCGAUUUGUCCAGGUCAGAAAAGGGCAACACAAUUUUUGUUCAGGCCUUAAGUGAAUGCAUUCAUACAAUCUACCAUGUGUUUGGGAGUACAUGUUUAAAUAGCAAAUCAGCGUUCCUAUUGUAAGGUAUCUACUGAUUAAAAAAUAUCUGUAAAAAAUUUAAGAA